GUGCUAAAUUGGUGUAUUCUAACAAAAUGUCAUCGCGGCUAGUAUUUUAUCUCUGUCUCCUGCUGGCCACCAUGGCGACUUUAACGGACUUCACACAAUCGCUGGAAAUAUUUGAGACACUCGAUAUACCUGAAACAAGUAAGAUGAACAUAGCGCCAGAGAAUGUUCCAAAAUCACGUACAAAACGUGGAAUCUUUUGGGAUUUUUUUCAAAAAAUGGUCACCACGAAGAAUCUCAUUGUUGAUCAAUACUUUGACACCAGAGACACGCUUAGCGGUGUAUAUAACUUGUUGAAUGAAGGAUUCAGUGAUCCUGCACCACCAAAGGCCACCUUACGACCACUCACAAGUACAGCGAAAACCAGCGACGAAGAUCAGUCUGGCAGCAGCGAGAUGUCGACUACAACAGAGGCCUUCAGCAUCUCACGCUAUGAAUUGGGACGCAUUUUAGGACGAAAUUUUCGUGGAUUGCAACGCUUGACAAAAAUUGAAUUUCAAGAUGCAUUUAAUCAAUCGCACUACAACGUACAAGAAUAUAAGGAAGAAGCACGCAAGCAAUUUGCGAAUAGUGUGGGUGUGGAGAAGGUCAACAAACUCAAAGGCUUGAAAACGGCUUUAAAUGGUUGAGUGAAAAACUGAUUUGUUAAGGAUAAAAAUAUAAUCAAGUCUUAGAAGCUGCGACGAUGUGAUUUUACAUAUUUUUAUAUAUGUAUCUACUUAGCUCUUUUUGUGCUAUGUGAUUUUUCUAU